GUGCUUUGGCAACCCAAGGCAAAGCGCAGGCAACGGCAUUGUUGGGCGGUUGGGCCACCGGCGCGCCGGAUUGCAAACCGGAUCCAAAAGGCAGCCUGCGUUGCCGCUCUCUUUGCCCGUUUCAUAGCCAGUGGUUCCUUUACGACCUCAAGGCGUGUUACAAACGUAAGCUUUAUAAUCUUCUCUGCCGUCUGAAACUGGCCUUCCUUGCUUGCGUUCGACAGCUUGCUUGCACCUGUGCUUGCACCCGACAACGCCAGGAUUGCAAUUGGCAUGUAAAAUUGGAGCAUCCAUCUCAUAUUGUACCGUCAUACGCUGUGCACUGCGCAGUAAAGGGUAUCCCCCCUGAGCUGUGGGCUCGCGUCGCUUUGAGCGUUGCGAGCUAAGAUCAUGGCGACAGAAGCUGUUCGAGUCAACCUGCGUGUUGGGCCAAGCGAUGGACCGGCUCUAUGGAGUCAACCAACAGACAAGCAACUGGUUAGGGUCAACAACGUCGAGGCCAACCGCCGCGCAUCGUGGGGCGGGACCGCCGUGCCCUGUGCCGUGCCCGACACGGCGAAGGCCCCCGCGUUCCAUGCGGUUCAUGGCGCCGCCACCACAAAUCUUGAACUGUACACUGCAGCUGGCGUUAAGCACCUAGUACAGCGGUUCAUGCAGCAGCGCGAAAGCGCCGUGCUCCUCACGUUCGGCCACAGCGGAUCCGGCAAAACCUUCACCAUGAUGGGCGGCCCCGGCGACGGCAACGGCGAGGGCAUGGUGGCGCUCGCCAUCCGCGAUCUAUUCCCUGCCGCCGCCGCUGAAGGCGCUCGCCUGGAACUCCAGGCCAUGGAGGUGUACCAGGACGCGGUGAUUGAUUGCCUGACCGGCCUGGCCAGCCCCGCCAAGGGCCCCCCGGCCAGGAAGCUGCUAGAGCUGCGCGCCGUGCUACAGCCGCCGGCUGGCAGCAGCACCAGCACCAGCACCAGCGGCGGCAGCAGCAACAGCAGCGGUGGUGGCGGCAGCGAGGAGUUCCGGCCCUCAGGUGUAACCAGCAAGGUUCUCCUGCCGGAGCCCAAGCUCUGUGCCACCACCUUGGCGGCCGCUUGCGGCGCGGCUGCUGCAAGCUCUUGUGAGGAGCAGGUGCCGGCGGAGGAGGGGGAGAAGGAGGAGGCAGGGCUGCUUAUGGCACGGCAUGUGCAGGAUGCCAUCAGCCUGACACGUGCCGUCCAGGCCCAGCGCCAGACUGGGGCCACCGCGCACAACCUUACCUCCAGCCGCUCCCACCUCAUUUUUCGCUUUAUUGUGACCGCCGUGCGCUCCGUGGCCUACCUCGACAUCUGCGACCUGGCCGGCAUGGAGUCACUCAAGCAGCCCGCGGCCGCCGCCACCACAGGUGUUACAGGCGCCGAAGGCGCCGCCACAACGCCGCGCCGCUCGCAACGGCUGUCGCUUCCUGGCGCCAGCCCUGGCGGCGGCGGCUUUGGAGGCAGUGGCAGCGCCCGCGGCGGCAGCGGCAGCGCCGCUAAGCCGUCGCUGGCAGGCGAGUGCUGCAGCAUCCAACAGGACCUGGCGGCGCUGAAGCGGGUGGUGGGCAGCAAGGCCGAGGGCGCCGCACACAUCCCGUACCGUGACAGCACGCUGACCAAGCUGCUGCAGCCAUCGCUGUCCGGCGGCUCGCGCGUGCUGCUGAUCGCUACUGUCAAGCCGUCGCAGGACGGCCCCACCCGGGCCACCCUGGACUUUGCCGCCGACUGCGCCAAGUUGCAGCCACAGCCCGUCAGGCGGCUGCUGCCCCCGCCGGUGCCCGUGGAGCCCGUGGUGGCUGUAGCCGAGGCGGCGUACCUGGCGGCUGUAGCCGAGGCGGCGGCUGUAGCCGCGGCGUCUGCUGCAGACACGACCGGGGCUGCCGGCACGCCCACGCGGCCUUUGCGGCAACCCAAACGGCCUCACACGCCAGGAUCCCUUUGGCGGCCUCCGCUGAGCAUUCACCGCUCCGCGGCGCCCCCGGUAACGGCAGGCAAGCCGCCGCGUGCGCCCAGCGGCAGCUCGACGGCAGCGGGUGUGCGGCCGCAGCCCAGCGGCACGGCUGCCGGUGGCUGGCCGCCGCCGUCGCCGUCCCUCAUGGAUGUGCGGCAUGCCAGCCCGCUGACGCUUAGCAGGCGCGGUGACGAGCGAUGGGCGGAGGUGGAGAAGGGCAAGCGGUGCCGCCUGUCGGCAUGCGCGGAGGUUAGGACUCUUGGCGCUGGGCCACAGGGCGGCAUUUUGCAGGGCGAGGAGGAGGCUGAGGAGGUGGAAGUGAAGGACCUGGCGGCAGCUGGACAAGGAGAUGGCGACGGCGGCCGGCACCGCCGCAGCAGUCGGGGCAGUGGCUGGCUAGACCUGCUGCACCACCAGGCGGCCACGUCAGCGGCAGCGGCUACGGUGUUGAUGGCCACUUCAGCCACCUCACCGGUCAUGCUGGACGGCACGGUGGCGGUAGAGCCGAUGGAGGUGGAGGGGGCGGGCGCCGCAGAGCCACGGCAGCCCAGCGAAGCCACCUCCACGGGCGCCGGCAGCAGUCCUGCUGCCUGCGGCUCGCCCCGCUCCCCUCCGCUUCAGGACGCUGUCAGCGGCGGGACCGGCCUGCUGCUGCCGCCAAGUGCGACCGCCGCGGCAGCGGUCCUCAACAUGCAUGUGGAGGUGGAUAGCGUUAGCAGUGGCAGCCAGCAACAGGACCUGGAGUUCCUCGGCCAUGAGAACGGCUGCCAGCGGCAGCAGCUUGAGGCGAUGACGCGCGAGUGCAUGCAGCUGCAGGCGCGGCUAGGGCGGGUGGAGCAGCACUGUCAGAAGCUGCAGGAGCAGGCGGAGGCGAGCAAAGCCGCGGCCGCUGCAAAGAUAGCGGUUCUCCAGCAGCAGCUCAAGGACACCCAGGAGCAGGCCGUGGCGAGCAAAGCCGCAGCAGCUGAGGCUGCAGUCGCGGCGCUGCAUCAGCAACUCGCAAGUGACAAUGCGCGCGCGCGGGACAUCGCCCAGGCCCAGCUGGCGGCCGCCCGCGAGGAGGCGGCGCGGGCGGCCCUAGCAGCCCAGGACCACCAUACCACGGCCAAGCGUGCCCAAGCAGAGGCGGAGCAGCUGCAGGCAACCAUCACCGGGCUGCGGCAGGAGCUGGUGGAGGCGGCUGUGAAAGCGGAGGCUGUCAGCUCAGCGGCCGCUGUUACCCGGCAGCAGGCAGAGGCGCUGCAAGAUCAGCUGCGGCAGCAGGCGGCGCUGCUGACGGUGCGUGACACGGAGCUGGCGGCGGCUCAGGCCCAGGUCGGGGUGCUGCAGCAGCGGCUGGAGGCCCUGGCCCCGGACGCCAUGCACAAGGCUGAAGAUGCGGCAGCAGCGCGUGUGGCCGCAGUGCAGCGCAAGGCCGAGGAGGAGCGGCAGCGGCUGCAGGGGCAGUGGGAGGCGGACCUGACCAAGGAGCGGCAGGCGACCGCAGAGGCGCAGCAGCGCCUGGAGGACUCUGAGGUGGCGGCGGCCGGGCUGCAGGCCAAGUGGCAGGCCCAGGCCAAGCAGCUGGAGGACCUCGAGGAGGAGCGUGACCAGCUGCACUCUCGGGCAGAGGCGGUGGUGGCUCAGCUGGAGGCACUGCGUGAGGCAGCGGCGGAGGCUGCGGAGGCGGCUGAGUCCCAGAAGGCUGCGUUGGCUGACAAGCUGUUCGCGGCGGAGGCGGAGGCCGCUGCGCUACAGCAACAGCUGCUAGCGGUGGCGCAGGAGCGCGACCAGCUGCAGGCGCGCCUGGACUUGGCUAAGCACGAGUUUGCAGCUUCCCAGCCCCAGCGGGCGGCGGCAGAGCACGACCGCGAUGCCCUGGCUGGACAGCUGCGGGACUCUGAGGCAAAGGCCGCAGAGAUGGCAGCGGCGCUGGAAGCCCGUGCGGCAGCUGCCGAGGAUCAGGUCGCACAGCUGGAGCAGGCCAAGGAGGAGUUGCGCACGCAGUGGGCCGGGGAGAAAGAGCGGCUGCUGAACAACCUGCAGGCAGCUGCUGCCUCUGACAUGCAAAUGCAGCUGAAGUUGAAGAGGCUGGAGCGUGAGAAGAACGACCUGGCAAGACAGGUUGCUACGCGCACUGAGCAGCUUGAGGAACAGGAGCAGAUGAUGCUCGCCCAGCGGCUGGCAGGUACGGCCGGCGGUGCGGCGGGCGGCCACGAGCUGCUGACCCUGCAGGCGCAGGUGGCAGACCUGAAGAAGCAGUUGACUGCCGCCACCGACGCCGCGGCUGAGGCUGCUGAACGGCACGCAGCUAGCCUGGCCGCGCUGCAGAAGCAGCUGGCGGAGGCGAAGCACGCGGAGAAGGAGGCGCAAGAAGCUAAGGAUGAGCUGGCAGCUCGAAGGCGGCAGCUCGAGGAGCAGGCGGCCCAGCCUACGCAGCAGCAGGCGGCGCUAGCGGCGCAGCUGGAGGAGGCGGAGCGUGCGGUGCAGCAGGAGCGCGCUGCUGCUGUGGAGGCAGCGAAGGCUGCUGAAGCGAAGGCACGGCAGAAGCUGGAAGACCUGCAGAAGCAGCUCAAGCAGCAGGAGAAGCAGCUCAAGCAGCAGAAGAACAUGCUCGAGGAGCACGAGAAGCACAAGCAGGAGCUUUCAAAGGCGCUGGAGGUCGCAACGCAGGAGCGUGACGCCUUGCGGUUGCUGCGAGACGAGGCAAUGCGCGCAUGGUCGGGCGCCUGUUCAAUCGUGGGUGGCCAGCAGGCUCCGCUCACAUUGCAACCUCAGGAGCUGCUGCCACAGCAGCACCCAGCCGAGGCACGCGGUGCCUUUGGGGGGCAGCAGCCUUCGCGGCGCAAAACCAUGGCGGCUCCAGCUGCGGUUCCGCAGCUGACGCUGCUGCCACAUGUGCCGGACGAGAAUGAGGUACCACGCCGCCAGUCGGCACGGCGCAAGACAAUGUUGCCGGCCGCAGCGGAACAGAAGCGGCACGCGCUCGCGGACGUUCGACAGCCUCCGCCUGCCGUGCCCGUGGCCUUGGCGGCUGGCACCACCCGGCGGGCCCUCCUGUCCACCACCGGGGUGGCCGUGGCAGCUGCCCCGGCACCGUUCCUGAAACCGGCGGUCAAGCCGGCGCUACUGCCGGUACCGCCGGCUGCCGGUGGCAGUGCUGAUGCAGCCAGGGCGGCUGGCGGGCACGGGGGCCGCCGCGCCACGCUGCUGGGCCACGAGCAGCUGUCGGGGGAGGCGGCACAGCGGCAGCCGCUUGAGGAGCCGCAGCAGGAGGAGGAGGCGUUCGAGGUGGUGGACUCGGAUGAGGAGGAUGAGGAUGAGGAGGCGGACAGAAGCUACGAGCCCCGCUCCGACAGCGGCAGGCAGCGGAAGAAGCAGCGCGUCAACACUGGAGGAGCUCGCAAGCGCCCGGAGCUCCAACCCUUCCCCGAGGGCAGCUACGAGAUCGUUCAAGAUGGGCCACUCAAGUGGAAGGUGUGCCGCACGUGCAAGGGAAGUUACAACGUGAAGGCCCUGCGUCACAGGUGUGACCCUCCGUCCACUGGCGCGCUGCCAAGGGAGCCCACAGCGAUGCAGGUGUGGCUGGCAGAGAUGAGGGUUAACGAGCCCACCCUGCGGUAAGAGGCAGCCGUGGAGGCCGAGCAGCAGGGGGCAGGCGCAGAGCUGUUGCGACGAACUUCGUAAUGCCACAAAGCCGCCAGGGGCGGACAUGUAGCAAGUUGCGGCUGCGGCUCAGGUUGCCGUCCCUGGGAGUGCCUAGGUAGGAGUUGCUGCCCUUGUGGACAGCAGAUGGGUGUUGCCUCUGAACUUUACACGCGGGGCAAGCGUGCAGAUGGCUGGGAGUAGAAGCAAUGUCGCCAUAGGGUAGCGGCGGUAGCGGCGACCAGCCAAGCGGCUGGACCAGCAGGUACCGUACACGCUGGCGGAUGAUGCACGCGUAGCUGUGCUGGGUGUGUAUGCGCUGUCAAGUCGAUGCAGCUGUGACACUUCUAAUGACAUGGGGCUUGGUGUUGUGGCCGUGCACAUGUGUGACCAGAGGUAUUCACAUAUAUGGUUGCAGCAUGCGAGCUCGGGUAGGAACAGGCGGCCCCUGGGUAGGUACAGCUGGUGGCCGAACUGGGCGCACCCAAAAGGACUAGACCGCAGCAGAGUGCAUUGAGGCGUGUAUCCAUGAGACUCAGUGCAGUACCUUGUACUUUAGCUUAGUUUGGUAGUUGCUGCACGGCAUGUUGCGAGGUGUUUGAGGAAAAACAUUGGAACUCAAGAAUCGGAAAUCGUUGUUGUGAGGCGUUGCAGAAUGUACAGUUUGGUCGAAGAACCCUUGGUGCGGCACGCGGCAUGCCGGGGACAGGCAGUGUGCACGGAAAGAGUGCUGUAUGUUGAUCUGGGAGCUUCACUGCGCUAAGCCAAUCGAGUUAUCAAGCAGGUUUAAAUUGUGGUGUGAGAGCCUCCUCACCCGGUUAGCGCACGUGCUUGAGUGCUGUGCCGCAGUAGGGUGCCAUGGUGUGCGGGCGACAGCGCUGAGCUUCUGGGGCGUUGCUGCCCACCUGGCCUUGGCACAAAUGUGCCAGGUGUGGAAUAGCUCGGUACGUUGUCAUGCGGUCAUUUGUUUGCCGCAUGCGAUACUCUGGUGAUUGAAGUGUGCACACGCAGCCGAUGGCACACCGUACGGUGCUCGUAGUGUGACGCACAUAUGGCACCCAUGUGUCAGAUGGGUGGCAUUGCUAGAGUAGGGAUCGUGCUGACGGUAAGCAAGGGUUUAAAAAUGACAUGUUAACCCAGUUCCUUUUACAAUUGUGAUUUUGCGGCGUGACACCAACUAGCGGACUCGCGGCUUGCGGAGAAGGCGGCUGGGUUGCGGAGAAGGUGGCCGGCUGUAGAGCGGGAAGCCCCAGUGCUGGCAGUUGUGGCUAGGCAGUUUCUCGUUGUCACUGUUGUGUGUUUACAUAAGCUGGAUGUCCCAUUGCGUUUUGUGUAGAAGCCACAGAUGCGUCCCCUUGCAUGGCUGGUCGACACAAGUCACG